AUGAAACAAUAUCAACGCACUUAUCUUCACGUACUUGAGCGUAAUAAUCUGACGGAUGGCACACAAGUCUUGCAAGUAGAAGAAAUACCGCCUCCAUAUUCGAUAUAUGUACAACAAUCGAUGGAAAAUGAAUGGAUAGACGAAAUCAUCGAAUUGAAACCUCUAAGCAGACAUAAAAACAAAUACGGGUUUGUCAUCAGUGGCGGAAUCGAUACAAGUAAUGGCCGAGCGAUUGUUAUUACACAUAUUGAACAUCCCUCGAAGACUUUGGAAGACAAUGGACGAAGUAAACUUCGUCUUUUCGAUCGAAUUCUUUCGAUAAACGAUACUGAUUUACGUCAUGUGACUCACGAUGUCGCUGCUGGAGCAUUUUCAUCUCUUCAAGGUCAAUGCAUCACACUUCGUGUUUGCCGUCUGAACCCUGCAUACAUAGAACAUGUUGAAUUAACAAUACCAAUGGGCUCAGAAGACGAACCUUUAGGUAUUACAAUAAGUGGGGGAUUGGACGAAGAGAACGAUGAUUGCGGUUUAUUUAUUACUCAAAUCGAUCUAAACGGUCUGUUAGCGUUGAAUACCAAGAAAAAUCAAGUUCAGGUUGGUGACCGUCUAUUAGAAAUCAAAACAAAUUAUACCAGUGCAAAUUUACAAUGGGUGACCCAUUCUAUGGCUGCUCAAUUGAUUCGAAGGAUAUGUCAAGAUAGUCGACGAAUUACAUUGAUCGUUGCUCAUCGGACUUCAGACUUAUAA